GCUCAAAGAUAUGUGUUCUUAUGUGUGAGCCCAUAAAUGAAGCCCAACAAGUUCCUUUUGCCGUGGCAGAGGACUGGUUCGCUUUUCUUCCUCAGUAUACCGUAAAGAGUUCUCACUCAGAAGUUUAUCCCACUCCCAGACAAGAUGGGUAGCCGUUCUCACCCUGGAGUCGUCAAGUACGGCAGCUACAAAUAUGACGACGGAUCCCAGUACGUUGGGGACUGGAAUGACAAAGGUCAGAAGCAUGGCAUGGGGCACUUCGUCUUGCCCGACGGGACGCGGUACGACGGAGGCUUCGAGAGUGGCCUCUUCAACGGACUCGGAGUCAUUGUCUUUCCUGACGGCGCCAGGUACGAAGGUGAAUUCAUGCAGGGUUGGUUUCACGGGCACGGCAUCUUCUGGCGCAAUGACAACAUGAGAUUCGAGGGGGAAUUCCGGGGAGGCCGCAUCUGGGGGCACGGACUGGUGACUUACGCCGAUGGCUCCAACGGGUUUCCCCGAAACGAAGGUUUCUUCCAGGACUGCCGAUUCAUGAGGAAGACCAAAUGUCCUCAGGUCAUCCAGAGAGCGCAGAAAGUCUCGCACAUCGCUCGUGCUCAGAUGGAUAACAACUAAAUUCAUCUCGGAAUGGCUGCUUUGGUCUUUCUUUGUAGUUACUUAACUAGACUGUGCUAUCGGUAGGCUGAGAUUAUCUUAAGCCUAUGAAAAGUACCCACAGAACUCAUGCCUCAGAUUGUGUGAACCGCAUUCUUUAUUCAGCCCAGAACACUGCACGAGGACGUACAAAGAUGCCACACAUUGUUCUUUGAAUGGUAUAAUUCCGAAAUUAAUUUAGAAGCACUUGCUAAAUACUUGUAUUCACGACACUUACUUCUCCAGCUAUCUUAGGUAAGAUAAGAUAUAAACUAUUUAAGUAUGAAAACAGAGGUAUUGGAAUGACCAAAAAGAUAUUUCCGACGAACAAGGCGACUCUUCUGGUAAAUGAAGACGUCAAGAUUGUUCAAACAAAUUCGUCACAACAGCUUUGCAAACUGACUCUAAAUACUUACUUAUCUGUACAUAGACCAUUUCAUUCAUGAAUCUGACACACUGUAAUGACUUUACGGGCUUAAGAAGCUGGAAAUCCAUGUAAAAUAAACAGAAAAGGAACAACA